AUGGCACCCACGAAAGCGAUUGACGACCGCAAUGGCGACAUCGAAAGCAGGCCUGAAGAAGAGACACCGUUGUUGUCACACGACUUGCCACCCAGAGUCGCUCCGAGCCGGAGAUACCAGCUAAAGGUCAUUGGUCUGGCAAUGACGUUUAUUCUUAUCGUUGAAGUUGGCGCCUAUCUUCAGAUCCCGCCUUCAUAUCAGCUCAUGGAAGAAAUCAUCUGUCGCCAACGCCAUCCCGAUCACAUCAUUUCGGCGGAGGACAACGAUGUUUGCAAGGGCCCGGAUGUACAGGGUCAGCUAGCCAUGAUUAAAGGCUGGCAAAACUCAUUCGACUGCGUCCCGUCAUUGCUCACUGCGAUUCCCUACGGAGUCAUUGCAGACAAGUAUGGCCGCCGACCAGUCCUGUCCUUGGCCAUGCUCGGCAUUACGUUGGAGCUCGCCUGGAUGUUGUUACCCCUUUUGUGGCCCAACGUUCUCCCUCUCUGGACCAUGUGGUUCGGAGCAGCUUUCCAAUUCAUUGGUGGAGGCGCAGGCAUGAUUCAAGCCAUGACCUGGACCAUGAUCUCUGACGUCGUCCCCAUUUCCAGCCUGACCGCGGUUUACUACAAGAUUGGCGCAAUCGCGCUUGCAGGAGAGCUUGUAGUUGCGCCUCUCAGCGCUUACCUCUUGAGCAAGAACCCAUGGCUGCCUCUCAGCGUCGGCAUGGUCCUCUUAAUUAUCGGCACAUGCCUGCCGCCUUUCAUUCCAGAGACCCUGGAUCUCCGUCGCGCCGCCGAUCAAGAGGUCGAGCAGACACUCUCGCGGUCCGAAGAAGACGCGAGGGACAAGCGCACACUCAAGCAGCAGAUCAUCUUCGCCGUGAAGAAUGACAUGGGCCAUGUCUACGCCUUUUUGAUCAAGUCCAAGAGCGUGAUUUCCCUCGUCCUCGGCUUCAACCUCACAGUUAUAGUCAAGUAUGUCAAGAUAGACAUCAUGUCGCAAUACGUGCACAACUUGUUGGGCUGGUCUUGGGCAAAGGCAACGCUCUUAGGAACCGUCUCAACGGUCACAAACAUGGUCAUGCUGCUCGCCAUUCUCCCCGCGCUGAGCUGGCUGAUCACCAAGCGCACGGGAGUGCAUCCUCUUGUUCGGGACCUUUGGCUCACCCGAAUGAGCGGCAUCCUCCUGGCUAUCGGGUGCUUCAUGGUCGCCAUUGCAUUCGCACCCUGGUUUCUAAUUACUGCCCUCAUCAUCUUCUCCAUGGGAACCGUUUACACAAAUAUCUGUCGAGCCAUCCUCAACGCCGUAGUCGAGCCGCACACGAUCGGUACCCUGAACACGGCCAUCACCUGGGUGGAACAAGUGAGCUUGCUCGUUUCGGCCCCGGUAAUAUCGGGCUUGCUGAAAGCUGGCAACUCAGCAGGAGGCAUAUGGCUCGGUCUGCCGUACAUGGCUGCGACUGUCAUGGCUAUUGGUGGUACUGCGAUUGCGUUUGCCUAUCGUUUGCCUAGAGACAAGAUUCGCUAG